AUCAACGCGGUGCCACGCAUUUCCCGCACCCGCGCCUAUUCUCAGUUAGUCUGAGCACCUCUUCAUGUUAAAGCCGUGGAAAAUGGCGUCAGAGGCGAUCAAGCCUGGUUGCGAGGGCUUCUGGUUCGGUCACUCCGUCAUCGCCCGCCGGCCGGCCGUCAUUCAGCCAUCUCAGUGGCGGCCGCAGCGUUCUGCCUUUACCUUAGCGGCCAAACGAAGCCCCAAACGCCUCAAAUACGCCACCCAGCGCCUCUUCAAGAAGGGGGAGGAAAUGGUCUAUGUGGAGAUGGACCCAAUGGUAGCAGAUACGUGGAAGUUGGAACCUGUGGUGCAGCUGAUCAAGGACGGAGCGGUCGGUGUAAUCCCUACGGAUACUGUGUAUGCUAUUGUUUGUGAUUUGCGAAAUUACUCCUCUAUUGAACGUCUUCGAAGAAUCAAAGGUGUGGGGAAUUCAAAGCCCCUUAGUAUCUUGUGCCGUUCUUUACAAGACAUAGACAUAUAUACGACAGGCUUCCCUCGGGGCAAUGCCUAUGGCCAGACAAAUAUAUUUAGAGCUGUCAAGCAUUGUCUGCCUGGGCCUUAUACCUUUAUACUACCUGCUAGUAAAGAGUUACCAAAACAAUGUAUUAGGAGUGGCCCUAGUGCAAAAUAUACAUCAAGGAAGCAUGUCGGUGUUCGCAUACCUGAUGACAUAAUUUGCCAGACCAUAUUAAAAAAUCUGGAUGCACCUUUGAUAAGCACAAGCGUGAAGUGUCCUGCAGAAAACCAGUGGAUGAUUGACCCUGUAAUGAUAGCUGAUAUUUAUGAGCCGGAGGGUCUGGAUUUUCUUGUUGAUGGCGGCAUACGAGUGGCAGAUCCCUCCACGGUUGUUGAUAUGACAAUAAGUCCUCCAACAAUUAUUCGGCUGGGAAAGGGCCCAAAGCUGGAUUGGAUGGAUGUUGAAGGCGAGGAUCCUUCAGCACAGGAAACUCUCCUUCCACUCCCAGUCUGAGGGCUGCUUGAAUUGGAUGGACCUUGAAUGCAAAAGUUGAUAUACCAAUCAAGAUGCAACUCGUACAAGCAGUUUGAAGGUACUUUUUCAGAAAUUUCGAACUAUGAGCGGUCAAUAAUCUGCAUGUUUUUGUAGAAUUCCACAUCUAACCUCAGAUACCAUGGAUCACUCCAUAAAUACCUAUAGCUCUAGCUUGUAUCACGAAGAAAGAUAAAUUAACUAAUGUAAAUUACUACAUUGCCAAAGACAUUGAAAAUAAUUCAUCCACGUA